AGCAAUAGCACGCACAUCUUAUUGAAUGGACGAUCUCGACUUAUCCACUUCCACCCAUCGAUUCGAAGAACUUUGUUCGACCACCAACUUUAUCCCCUAAGAAUACUGUCAAACAAAAUGACAACAUCUACGAGAAACAAGAGUACUCAUGAUGUGUUCAAAUAAGUAUAACUUUAUUCUUGCGCAGCGCCAGCGUUUUCAAGAGAAAAUAAGAGAGAUGAGAUACAAAGAACGAGGCACCACGUGUGAGGAUAAGGGAUGCAGGAAAAUGCUAUGUAGCUGCUAGGAAAAAUGAAAAUGCUGGCACCGAGACCUACUUCCGAGUAGUUGAUGUGCCCUUCAAUUCAUCAUGCAGUUUAUUCCAGCGCAAAGCAUAGUACCACAUUUGUUGCCACCUCCUUGUUUCUCAUUUUUCGCUUCUGAUGAUGGUCCCCUAAAAAUCGUUUUGACAGUUUUACUUUCACAUCCUCGAGCGAACUUGCUUCUUUCUUUUGUUACUUGUUCUCGUUGCUGUUGGUAAAUGUUGGGCUGCAUCUUCAUCAUCGCGUCGCUGGUGCUAGAGUCGUAUAAUUUUUGAUCGUACCGCUAUGUUCCUUGAGCAAUAAAAAUUAUUCCGUCUCAUGUCCAUUAUCUUCAACACGAAAGAAGUCUCUUCCUCCUAUGCUAUUCAUGUCUCUCCCUCCUGCCUGCGCUACAACAGUUCUAGUGUCGACCACUUCUGUUGACCCGCCCAACCGCUUAUCCGCCUAUCGCUCAAAACAAUCCGCGACGAUAAAGGAAAUAAGCCGAAAGAACAAGUCGCACUACCUGAGCUGAGCUGUUCAAAGCCCUCCAUCAAGAUCAUCCUCUUAACUAAUAUCCGCCUACCCCGUGAAAGAACGCUAACUACGUCCAUCAAGAUGUACAAAGCUCGCUUAAAUAAGGAGUUGACGCAGCUGCGCGAUAACGUGCAUGGCUUGAGAUUGAUAACGCUUGGACCUGGUAGAGAUCGCGAGAUAGAGAUCGAAUUCGACGGACCAACCGGGUCCCUAUACGACGGAGAAACGUUCCGAAUAUACUUCAACUUCUCUGAGCGAUAUCCGCUUGAGAGUCCGAUUGUUUGUUAUGAGCAGGUUAAUCCUUUUUUUAUUAACAACUCUCCUCCUGGUCAAGAACGUCUACCUCAAGCUCAAGAUCAUCAGACCAUUCAGAACGACUUUGAAUAAAAUUACAUACAUGUUAUGAGCAGGUGGUUGAGAAUGGUCACGUUGUAAGGUAGACCUCCACGACGUAGACCUCCACGUAAGUUGUAGUUGACAGGAACUUAACAACAACAACAAGAGCCCUGUCAGACUCAGAACUUCAAGAACAGAAAACAACGCCUCCUCUGUUUACACUCUAACUCCUGUUCCAAGAUCCUACGCCUGUGCAUCCGCACGUCUAUACCAAUGGGCACAUAUGCUUGAGCAUUCUCGGUUCAGCCUGGUCGCCAGCUCUUACAGUGGAAAAGGUACUACGGCAGCUUUAUUACUGCAUCAAACAAGUCAAGUGCAACAAGCAUCAUAUUAGAGAUGAACAAGAGUUUUUCUAGCAGGAACAAUAAUCUCAUCGAUUUUCCUCUGCCUUCUAAAACUAAAAGGAGGACCUUCUUGAUGCCUACCGUCCGACUCCACAUCGUCGUCUAGGUGUGCCUCUCAAUCCAGAGCAUGCUAGCUUCAGCAGAGAAAAAAGCAUUGCCAGACACGAACGACCAGUAUGUCAGAACGCAUCCGCGUGGAAGUAACCCCAAGAACACGCAGUGGCUCUAUGAUGAUGAUAAAUGCUGAACAAGCGGAAAGAGUGCUGAAGACGCGAAGUAGGAGGGCAGAGGAUAGAUGCUGAACAAGCGGAAAGACCGUGUGCUGAAGACGCGAAGGAAGGCAGAGUACGGCAAUCACUGAAGACGCGAAGGAAGGCAGAGUACGGCAAUCACUGUUGUGAGCGCGAAGAUUCCACUGCGAGACUCGUAUGGAAACGCAGCGAGUCGCGACCACUACGCCUGACCAGAGAAGUUACUAGCGCAGACCAUUCAGGCCGUCGCGCGCCGCUGUUGAAAAAUCUAAGAAACCGAAAAUUCAUGUUUUCCUUGUCACCAGUGGUUCUUUUUCUUCCUUAAAUUUUAGAUGUUGGGACUUACCAACUGAGUGACCCCUAUCCGCGUCACACCUCAUUGUGGAUAAGUACUUUUCCUACUCCUUCGAUAGGAACAAGUAUACAACUUCUAACUACUUUUUACGAUCACUCUUUUACACAACUUUUAUGAUAAAUGAUCUUGUGUACUAGAAGUUGUGAUCAUGUAGUGAAGAGAAUAAUGCUAGUACUACAGGACUAGUUUUACGAUGUUUUGAAUGUUGAACGUAGAUGAUGAAGAGGAGCCCAGAUUUGAAGAACAAAGUAGUGCAAUGAUCUAUUACCUACGCUAUCGUAAAAAGAGACUUAUCUAGUCCAUCUUCUGCAAGGACAAACUGACUGAUGUUGAUCUUGAUGUGAAGAUAUGCAGAAACUACCUUGAAAAGUAGGUGCCUGUGGGCUCUGCCGCAUCACAUAUCAGUUUUAUGCUGGUGACUUGGACUUUGAUUUGUCCCUGAGUCCAAGAAUCAAUCCUGUGCUGCAAUCAUAAGCCCUUCUGUUGAU